AAAUUUUGUACCGCAAGAGAAAUGAAUGACUCUGCAUGUGGGAGAAAUAAAAUUUCAGUAAAAUUUAAGCCGCCAGGUGGCACCAGGGUAUAGAUGUGAAGGUCCUCUGCAGGUAGGCUUAAAAGGGUUAUCAGUAGAGAAACUGUAAAUAAACACAGAGCACAAAACUGACGGGAAGUAGCUCAAUAAUUUUGAGAUUUGAGCAAAAAUCUGUGCUUACAUUUGACAAAAAACAGUUAAAAUUUUGAAGUAAACAAAUCUUCAGUUGUGAAAACCUGAAACCUGAACGAAGAUGUGACCUAUGAGAGCGAGAAUGCCUUGUUCAAAGGCGUCGCAAAUAUUGGCCUUCUGCGGCGCCUACCUGGUCGGCUUCCAACUGUGCCUGUUGCUCUUCCGACCCCAACAGCAACCCCUCCGUCCUGACGAGCCCUACCGCGACUGGUUGGCCACGCAGGGCCUCCAGAGCAGCCCUUUGACGGCCGACUUUGUUUCCUAUGGACGGAACGUGUCGAACGAGGCGCAGUUUCUUUUCCGCAAGGUGAACGUCAUCUGCGUGGUGUUCACCAGGAGCGGCAAGAAGGCCCAGGCCAUCGAGAAGACGUGGGGCCCGAGCUGCAAUGAACUGCGAUUCUACGCGGCGGGCACCAGUUCGCACAAAGACUUUGAGGCACCUGACGAUGGCCAGAAAAUCAAGAUGUUGACCAACCACAAAUCGUCGUGGCACCUUCUAUGUGAUGUAAUUAGUGAGAUUUGGGCAACUUCAAUGGAUCACCUCGAGUGGGUGAUUUUUGCCCCUGAGGACCUUUUCGUCAUGCCUGAAAAUCUUCGGCUUCUAGUCGCCCCAUUGAGCGCCGAUAAGCCCCACUACCUGGGCCACGCCAUGACGUUGUGGAACGAGGACUACAACGUCGCCCAGGCUGGUUAUGUGCUCAGCAGAGGCGCCCUUGGGGUCAUUGCCCGCAGGUUCAACAACUCAAAAGCGUGCGAGACCAGCGGCCAGCACUGGAAGAACGAAGACUUUUAUUUGGGAAAAUACUUGGGCGAAGCUGAUAUCCGCCCCACAGACACCAGAGACCAGUGGCUACGCGGUCGAUUUCAUGGUUUCAACCUUAACCAACUUCUAUUUUCGCAUAAAUUAUCAGUUCUGAACAGCUAUUGGAGGAGAAGCAUUUAUCCUGUUUCUGAGGGUCUGACCUGCUGCAGCGACACCUCGAUCACUUUUCAGGGCAUCGAGCCAGACAAAGUGCAUCAGUUCCACUACCUUCUGUACCACGUGAGACCCUUCCGAGGAAAAAGCUACCUCGGCAGUGUUCCAGCUCCGAAGCCUGCAGGAGACGAGCCGUGGCGCCAGUUUUUGCGAGACGAAAACCUUUGGGACCAACCUGGUGAAGAAAUCUCGGCCAAGCAAUAUUACGAGCUGUCGUUGAAAAUUGCCUCCAAACUCUCCGACCUACACCCAAAAUAAGACUGAAAUCUAGCUCUUGCCUGGAAUAUUUCACUCUAUAACUUUGAUAACCCUUUUCACAGUAGAAAUUGUGUAUUUUAAUAUUUUAUUACAUAUUUACGUCUGCAAUCUGCAAUAAAAGCCGAAA